CCCUGUACUGCGAGAUUAUUUGCUCUGCUGCGAGCAUAAGUGACUCGGGGACCUCCAAAUUGCACGCAGGAGCGCGGAGGUUCUCUUCCGGGGGAAAAUGAGACUGCACUGUGCUUGAAUGGCGAAGUUUAAGAUGAAAAUGUUGCUGUUGUUGGUUUUCUGUCUGCAUUCACCAAAUGUGUUUUGUUUCAGUGAGUUGUCGUUCAUCACCGAGCCCAGUGAUGUGACCGUUCUACCAAAGGACCCGGCUGUCUUGGACUGCCAGGCUCAUGGGCAGCCUCCAGUCACCAUCAAGUGGCUGAAAAAUGGUGUUCGCUUGGCAGAAAGUGAGCAGAUGCAGUUUUUACCAAACGGCUCCCUGUACAUACCAAAGAUCAAACAUACCAAGGAGCACUCAGACGAAGGAUUCUAUCAGUGCCUCUCCAAGAACAAAUUUGGAGCCAUACUGAGCCAAAGAUCACGCCUGACUAUCGCAAGUAUUUCACAGUUUCUGUUACACCCAUUGCCUAUGGAGGUGACUGCAGGCUCGGUGGCCCGCUUCUCUUGUGCAGUCACCUCCAGACCUCCUGCCACCAUCACCUGGGAGUUUAACCAAAGCCCACUUCCUCUACAAACAGACAGAAUUACAGUUUUGCCCAAUGGAGUCCUUCAGAUCCACAAUGUACAACUGAAGGAUGCUGGGCAGUAUCGAUGUGUUGCAACUAACAUCGGAAGUCGACAGAAGAGUCAAGAGGCAAAACUGACAGUCAGUCAAGGUGUGGGUGCCAAACCCCUUCAGAGGCCCAGAAUCAUAGCUGGACCUCAGAACAUUACAGUUUCUCUCCACCAAACCGUGGUGUUAGAGUGCUUCGCCACUGGAAACCCUUGGCCCAUAAUCUCAUGGAGCCGUGCUGAUAGUAAACCCAUUGAUGUGUACAAAGCCAAAGUCUUAGGCAAUGGGAACCUGGUUAUUAAGGAUGUCAAUUCCAAGCACAGUGGAGUCUACCUCUGCCGAGCCACCACGCCUGGAACCCGCAAUUACACCAUAGCUGCCGCCAACCUCACUGUCCAAGUACCACCAUCUAUUGUUGAGAAGCCUGAGAGCCAAACCCGUCCAAGAGCCGGCACUGCUCGGUUUAUGUGUCAAGCGGAAGGAGUUCCCCCACCUCACAUUAGCUGGUUAAAGAAUGGUGAAGAGGUUCAUUUAAAUGGACGGAUUAAGAUGUACAACAGUAAAUUGGUGAUUACCCAGAUUAUCCCAGAGGACGAUGCCAUCUAUCAGUGCAUAGCUGAGAGUGAGCAGGGCUCUGUGCUGUCUUUGGCUCGCCUCAUUGUUGUUAUGUCAGAGGACAGGCCCAGUGCUCCCAGGAACAUCCACGCCGAGACUAUCUCAAGCUCGGCCAUCUUGCUGGCGUGGGAGAGACCGCUCUACAAUGCAGACAGAGUCAUAGCCUACUCCAUUCAUUAUAUGAAGGCUGAAGGUCUGAACAACGAGGAAUACCAAGUUGUUAUUGGCAACGACACAACCAGUUACAUUAUCGAUGACCUUGAGCCGGCUAGGAAUUACAGCUUCUACAUCGUGGCUUACAUGCCAAUGGGAGCCAGUCGUAUGUCCGAUCAAGUCAGUCAACACACCUUGGAGGAUGUGCCUCUGCGUACACCAGAGCUACGGUUGAUCAGCCACAACUCAACAGAAAUCCAGGUGAGCUGGCAGCAGCUUCCCUCGAAAGUGAGCCGCGGUCGGGUGUCUGCGUACAGGCUGUCUUAUCGCACAGCUGCAGACAACACAGUCAUCUCGAUGGAGCUGCCUCAGAACAGCACUGAGUAUCUCCUGGAGGGCCUCCAGCCAGACACCAUCUACCUGCUCCGCAUGGCUGCAGCAACCCGUAUGGGCUGGUGUGAGCCCUCAGCAUGGACAUCCCACCGCACACCGAAGACAUCCAGUCGCAAUGUGCCCUCAGCCCCUAUUCUUCAAGUUGAGCCGCUUAACUGCACUUCCAUUGUGGUGCACUGGCAAACUGCCCCGGAGACAGAGGCUGUCCUCGGCUAUCGCCUGUGUUACCACGAGGAAAGCCAACCAGAACAGCCCGUCAUCCAGCUGCAGGCUCAGACCUACACCUACACCAUCAGUGGCCUUGAUCCUAGGAGAAGAUAUCAUAUCAAGAUCCUGGCUCUUAGUCAAGCUGGAGAUGGCUAUGAGACAGACCAAGCCAUCAGUACUCCUGGAUGUGUCUCUGCUAGGGACCAAAUGGCAGCCACCCCUCCAUCUCCAGAUCGUGUGACUGUCUUGGCCAACAAUUCCUCUGAAGUGUCCUUACGCUGGAACCGUCCCACUUUCCCCUCUAGGAAGGCGAUCAGCUACACUGUUCGCUACAUGAUUGUGGGCAUGCACAACGCCUCUGCUGUACGCUACCUCCAAACUACCAAAGAGAAUGUGACAGUGCAAAAUUUAGAUCCAAACACUCGCUAUGAGUUCGCGGUACGUCUUCACGUGGAUCAGAUGUCGAGCACUUGGAGCCAUGUGGUUUACCAUCGUACACAACCAGCAGCCCCCAGACGACCACCUACAGGCGUGAGAGUAACUCUGAUCGAGGACGACACGGCAUUGGUAUCCUGGAAGGAACCCUCUGAGCCCAAUGUCGUGGUCACACACUACACCAUACUCUAUGCUUCCCAAACAUCCUGGAGGGCUGGAAGCUGGCAAAUAAUUCAAAGAGAGGGAAGCCAUACAAUGGCGCUUCUGGAGAGGCUCCAACCAGGGAAUGUCUACCUGGUGAAGAUAUCUGCCUCCAACCAGGUGGGAGACGGGCCUUUCUCAGAUGUCGUUGAGCUGCCUAUGAAACGUGGAAAUGUCCAACGCAACAAAAAUGCCUGGCACCCAAAUAGUUUUCAGCACACUGCAGUCUUUUCUGACGGCCUCUACCACAUAGACCAAAGAUCCAUGACUGGGAUCAUUGUUGGAGUGAGCAUCGCCUUGGCCUGCAUUGUAAUGUGUGCCUUGAUCCUCAUCAGUAAAGGGAGACCAAGAAAAUCUUCCAGCCACAAAGUUGUUGCCCUGCCGCCUGGUGAAGGGUUGUCUUUGCCUCAAGAGCGCUAUGAAGAGAAUCCUGAGGCCCUCAUACCCAUGAUGAGUACCAACUUUAUAGACGCCAAAGGUGGCUCUCAUAUGGUGAUAAAUACUGCGUGUCCUUUCAUGAGCAAAAAUCAAAGCAGGAAGUGGCUGCUGUUCAACAGGGAUGUCAGCAUUCCGACCGAGAUUGACGUUGAGGGGAGGGUCCGCUUGUAUGAGACUGGCAAAACUGUUUUGCGGUAUGAGGAGCAUUUAGGCUCUGCGCCUCUGCCUCCAUCAUCCCGGGAGAUCAUCUUUGGACCCUUUCAUGUUGAGAGCUCUCAAAGCAGCGAGGCCAGCCAAGAGACGGGAGACUCCGGACGCUACUCCAACGAGGAAAGCAACGAAGAGAUGAGCAAUCCGUCGACCAGCCAAAGCUCCAGACCCGAAUCUUUCAGGCCACCCAAUGAUGCAGCUGUAACCGAGCCGAAGCUGUCUUUCCAAGUGGAAAACGAGAAACGCGUUUGCUACCAUCUCUCAGGGCACAACGCAGCUCGGCCAUGCUGCACCUCGGACGGCAGUUAACACUCCAGUUAUGACCCGGCCCAACAUUUACCAUUUCUACCUCAUUUGCUUCCUGGUUUGAGCCCUCUGGUUAUUUCCUGUGGCACAAAUGAACAGGAAGUCAGCUGCUGUGAAGGGGAAAAUUAGAAUUUUCUUCAGAUCUACCUCAGGACUUUGUAUGAAUGUUGAUUACAACAUUGUGGUUCCUUUUUUCCUUUUUUUUUUGUUUUUUUGUUUAAGUUCCACCUGUUGGUCUUUGUGGCAUCGUCUGUCCUCAACCAAAGCUCACCCAUGAUGAAUGUUUUAAAGAAUGUGCUGUGACCAUUUGUUCAUAUUUAAUUUGUUUUUCCACUGGAGCUGAGGGGGUGUUUGAUUGUCUACCUCAGUCGUUGUUUUUCCAAGACUACCUCCUUUCCCCUCUCAUACUAUGUGGAAACCACGUCAUUGCCACGUCUUGUUGCUUCUGUUGGAAUCAUUUUUAUUUUCACGGUUGAAAGAGCUUUUGUUUCCCGUUGUUUUGCGGAGGUGGGAAAGAAAACAAGUGCAUUAGAUAUUGUCAAAGUAUUUGGGUUGUAUAAGAUGUUGGACAUUUUCAGUGCACUGAACUCAAAGCUUUACCUUGGCCUUAAUACUGAAAGGGCUUUGCAUACUUGAUCCAAAGACAGGUACAUUUGUACCCAAAGAGUUUGUAACAAUAGGCAACCAAAAAUAUGGUCGAUGUACAUUAAGGGUGUCUUGGCCAAAAAUACUGUUACAUGUCGUUGAUGUAAAUUUCUCUCUGAAUGGUGGUUUGAAUGCUUUUCUCUGUGUAAAAUUAGGUCCGGUGAAAGCUUUAGCGCAAGUCCUUGUGGCUUGUGUUGCGUUUGCCUUCUCGACCAUUGCUAAGUGCAGCGGUGAUGCCGAUGCUAUUAUCCAAAGAGUUGUCUGCUUCCUCAGAUUGGUGUGGCUAUUCAUUCAGUUGAUUCUCAGAGAGAUGAGGUAGACACUAUUGAUCCAGUGUGUCUUAUGAGUGACAGAUGAUGGUAUUUAUUUUUUAGGCACACAUCAUCUAACACUGACCCACCGCCCCCCCCCCCCCCCCCAUGUGAUGUAUGGGGAAUUGUUACCAAGGUCUCCAUGGUAUUUGGUGUCCAGGUGUGACAAUGAAGGAUUCUGACUAUCAAAAUGGAAGCCCAAUGUGUGUGAAGAGCAACAUAAUCAAUUUUUUAUAUCUUUGUAAUACAAAUUAUAGUUACCAAAGAAGCUUUAAGUCUCUAAUUUAGUGAUUUUCUUUGGGUUCAUUUACACAAUUUGCAUUUUGAUGUGCUAUAAUUUUAAAAGUUUUGAUUAGUAGAAAGGCAUUUCACUCAGUUCUUGAAAAAAAACAAAAAAACUUGAGAUCUCAAAACUGCUCUGAUUUCACCUUAAUGAGAGUUAGGUCUAAACGUUUCAUUUAGAAUUGGUAAUUACAUGUCCCAGUUUCAUGAUAGCAUUUCCCCAAGUUAGUAUUGCCGAUGUCAUGUUCAGAGUUUUUUUGUUUUGUUUUCUUUAUUAUUAUAAUUA